UAAAUUAUUUAAGUUUCCACACAUAACAUAAUAUACCUAUAUAUAUGCAUACACAAUAUGGAGCCUUUGUAUUCUGCUUCCUUCUCUAUAACCGAGUACACUUGGAGGGAGUUUCUUUUCCUAAGAAAUUGAGCUUGAAUAGAGUUUGUAAGCAUGUCGAUGACAGUGGAGAUAAGAGUUCCAAACUUGGAUUGUGAAGGAUGUGCUUCUAAGCUUAAGAAGACUCUACUCAAGCUCAAAGGAGUGGAAGAAGUGGAAGUAGAGAUGGAAAGCCAAAAAGUGACAGCUCGAGGAUACAGGUUAGAGGAGAAGAAGGUAUUGAAAGCAAUACGGCGGGCCGGUAAGGCAGCUGAACCGUGGCCAUACCGCUUAGGUAAUAGCCACUUUGCGUCUUUCUAUAAAUAUCCAUCUUAUGUGACCAACCACUAUUACUCCGAUGCCCACCGUACCGAUCCCACUGGUGGUGUUCACACUUUCUUCCACACUCCAGCCGUUUACUCCGUUGCCGUAGCCGGCGAUGAGAUCGCGGCUUCGAUGUUUAGUGAUGAUAAUCCACACGCUUGUACCAUUAUGUAAUCUAUUUUUCAACAUAUACAUAAAUAUGUUUUCUUUGCA